AAACAGCUCAGUUUUUCCACCGCUUGUUUGCUUCAUCUCAGUUACUAGGAGCCGUAGGUGGUGUAAACUAACAUAAUUCCUUUGCAGUCUUUGGGUCUCUGAUGUGCCCAAUGAAUACAUCGGCUGAAGAUCAGACAAAGAUGACUUUAAUGGAGUUUCCAAGACCUCUUGAGAAAGGAGUCCAAGGAGCCAUUUCUCUGUAGAAACAAACUUUCCCUGUUGCUGACUUUGUGAUUUAAAGUUUCCAAAUGAACUUGGUUGCAACAAGUACGUCAAACUUUGCACUGUAAUCUUGCCUGUUCAGCAUCUUUCUUGAAUCAAAGCUGUAAUUGGCAGCCCAAAAAAGCCUGAUAGCUAUCCAUUGCAGAGAUGUCUUCAACAGGAGUGAAGCUCCUAAUUCAGCUUUAACCUGCACUGCCCCUUUGCCUUCUCCAGCUGUGGUAUAUAUAUGAUACAUAGAUCAUAAUGGCAGAGAGGGAAAGGCUGAAGUUCCAACACUGUGUGAGUCAGGCUGUCGAAGCACUAUGCUGGAAGCAGAAGCUGCCAUUGUACAUACAGUGGAACCACCAUCCAACAGGAAGUUGGCUGUAAGGUGGUUGGAGCACAACUGCCACUACCAGUACAUGGAUGAGCUUCUCCAGUACGUCCGCUUUGGCCUUAUGGAUGUGGAUACACUGCAUACUGUAGCUCUUUCUCAUCCUCUCGUCCAAGCUAGUGAAACUGCAACAGCGCUUGUUAAUGAGGCCUUGGCUUACCACCAGAGCAUCUAUGCACAGCCAGUUUGGCAAACCAGAAGGACAAAACCCCGCUUCCAGUCAGACACUCUUUACAUUAUUGGUGGGAAAAAGCGUGAAAUCUGUAAAGUGAAGGAACUGCGCUACUUCAACCCGGUCGAUCAGGAGAACGUUCACAUUGCAGGGAUCGCAAACUGGAGUGAGCUUGCGCCGAUGCCCAUGGGGAGAAGCCACCACUGCGUUGCCGUCAUGGGAGACUUCCUGUUUGUGGCGGGUGGGGAAGCUGAGCACUCCACGGGACGCACCUGUGCUGUGAGGACUGCCUGUCGCUAUGACCCCCGAACCAACUCCUGGGCAGAGAUAGCUCCCAUGAAGAACUGCCGGGAGCACUUUGUGCUCGGAGCAGUGGACGAAUACCUGUAUGCAGUAGGAGGCAGAAAUGAGUUGCGUCAAGUCCUACCUACUGUAGAACGCUAUUGUCCCAAGAAGAACAAGUGGACCUUUGUACAGUCCUUUGACCGAUCGCUUUCGUGCCAUGCUGGAUAUGUGGUGGAUGGUCUUCUUUGGAUAUCAGGUAGAAACAUUUCUCACAGUUUUAGGUACUAACGAGAUAUCAAAAUGCAGUCUUGAAUGA